AUGGACCCAACCACUGGCACCCUGCGCCGCGCGCCGGCCCAGGACCUGGGCGAUUCGCUGCGCUCACCCUCCGUGCAGAAAUUUCUGGGCCGCGACUUUGGUGCUGGCAGCCCGCAGCAGCCGCCGCCUCUCCGGCACAAGGAUGGAGCUCUGCCCGGUGGCCUGUACUCCAGCGAAGGGGGCAUUGCUGCCUAUCAGCCCGCGGCCCCGCCACCCACGAUGGGCGACUCACUGGCAGCCGACUACCGCUCCCAGCUGCAGCAGUACGCUCAGCAGCUGGCUGCCAAGAGCGGCGAGGCGGCGGCGCUGCGCCAGCAGGCCGCCGAGCUCAAGCAGCAGCUGGCAGCGGCCGAGGCGCGCGCCAGCCACGCUGGCCAGCAGGUGGCACGCAACGCCAGCGCCGCGGGCCAGCUGGAGGCAGCGACCGCAGCUCUGGAAAGCGCGCUGCAGGAGCGCGAGGCGGAGGUGCAGGCCGCAGCGCAGGCCAAGCGUGCCGCGGAGCAGGCAGCAGCCGCCGCUCGUGCCCAGGCGGCCGCCGCCCUAAAGUCUGUGGCUGCCAAGGCGGCAGAGCACGAGCAGGACCGGCGCUUCUUCAAGGAGCAGCUGGAGGCCAAGGAUUCAGAGCUGCACAGCCUGGAGGACGUGCUGCGCAAGCAGGCCGCGGAGCUGGAGCGCCAGUCGCGCGAGUGGGUGGCGCGAGAGGCAGAGGUGUCUGCCGGGCGCAGCCGCUCGGCGGGCGCGGCCGCGGGCACCGCCGCCGAGCUGGCGGUGGCGCANGGCAAGGUGGAGGCGGCGGCCAAGCGGGUGCGGGCGCUGGAGGGCGAGAAUGGGGAGCUGCGCAGGCAGCGGGCGCAGGGCGCGGCGGACCAGCGGAUGCUGGAGGAGCUGCUGGGCGACAGCGAGGCGGAGCGCAGCUGGGGUCGGAGCCGGGAGGCUGGAGGCUGCACGUUGGGGGAGCUGCACGACAAGUAUGUGCGGCUGGGUGAGAAGCUGGAGGGUCUGAUCAAGGAGGGCAAGCUGCUGAAGAGCUCCGCCAGCGCCGAGGCGGGGGCGUCGCGCACCGCCGUGCAGGAGGCGCUCAAGGAUGCUGAGGCAGCGUUGAAGGAGCGGGCGGGCCUCAAGGCGCAGGCGCACCAGCUGCAGAUGAGGCUGGAGGAGGAGCAGGGGCGGCGCGCCCAGCUGAAGGAGUCGGCGCAGCGCAAGCUGGCGGCGGCGGAGCAGGAGGUAGCUGCGCUGCGCGGCGAUAUGGAGGGCAAGGCUCGCCAGCUGCAGGGCUUGCAGGCAGACAUGAAGGCUCUGCAGGCGGACGCAGAGAGCCGGCUGGGGGCGUGCGAGAAGCAGCUGGCUGCGUGCCAGGACCGGGCCGCCGCCGUUGCCGAGGAGCUGCACGGCGAGCGGCUGCGGCUGGAGCUGCAGCAGCAGGCGCUGCGCUAUGAGCGGCGCAUCCAGGAGCUGGAGGCCCACGCCGUGCAGGGAGGCGGUGGCGCCGGGAUGCUGCGCCCCGGCAGUCCCGGCGUGCGGGGCAGCGUGCUUGACUACAUCCCGCGGGGCGAGCACGUGCGGCUGCUGGAGGCGCGGCUGGCGGCCAAGGAGGGCGACCUGCAGCUGGAGAUGAGCAGCAGGGCGGAGCGGGAGGCGCAGUGGAAGCUGGAGACAAAGGAGCAGGAGAUCGGCAGCCUGACGGCGCGCACCCGCCAGCUGGAGGACGAGCUGCACGGCGAGCGGCAGCGCGCCUCCUCCCAGGCGCACGCGCUGGGCGAGGAGGCCAAGCGCGCGGCGGCGCAGUGCGUGGAGCUGCAGCGGGAGCUGGCGGCGCGCGACAAGGAGGUGACGCGGCUGAAGGAGACCCUCAAGGACGCCCGCACCGCCACCGCCGACAUGGACGACGACGCGAUGAGCUCUGGGCGCCAAGAACUGAAGCGGUGUGAGGAGGCGCAACGCGAGGCUGCCGCCCACGCCGUGGCCGCGGCGGACGCAGAGCGCCGCGGCGAGCGGCUGGCUGGGGAGGUGUGGGAGCUGGAGGCGGCGCUGGAGCAGAAGCAGGAGCUGGUCGCCGCGCUGCAGGCGGAGUGCGAUGCCCUGGGCGCCAAGCUGAUGGCUCACCGGGAGGUGCACCAGCAGGAGGUGGAGGGGCAGCGGCGGCAGCUGAGGCAGGAGUGGGAGGCGCAGGUGGAUGUGCUGGAGCAGCGGUGCCUGGGCGGGGAGGCGCUGCUGCGGCAGGCGCGGCGGGCACACGAGGAGGCGCUGUGCCAGCUGGGGCAGCAGCACGUGGAGCAGGUGGGCCAGCUGGAGUCCCAGCUGGCGGCGGCGGAGCGGUGCAACGCGGAGCUCAAAGAGCUGACGGCGGCGCUGGGGUCGGUGCGGCAGGAGGAUGUGGAGGCGCUGAAGGACGCUGUGCAGGAGCUGCAGGGGCGGCUGCGGGAGGCGGUACGCGAGCGGGACCGGCUGCAGCGCCAGCACCGCGAGCAGCUGGCGGCGCUGGCUGGCCAGGUGCGGGCCAAGAUGGGCGCCCUGCGCGGCCAGCAGGCGCAGCUGAGGCAGAGCACAGAGGCGGAUGUGUCGGCCGCCUUUGCAGAGUGCCUGGCCAGCUAUGAGGCGGGGCUGGGCGCCUUGCAGCAGCGGCUGGAGCAGCAGACGGCCGCCGCCGACAGCCGGCAGGCUGAGCUGGGCGCCCGGCUGUCUCGACUGGGCGACGGCAUGCAGCGGCUGCUGGCCGCGCUUCGGUCCGCGGUGCCGCAGCUGCCAGAAGCCGCGCUGCAGGCGCUGCUGGGCGCCGGUCGGGAUGCAGGGGCUGACACAGGCACCCAAUUGGAGAGUGCGGUUCAGCAGGUGGCGCAGGCGGUGCAGCAGCAUGUGGAGCAGGCUGAGGCCGCUGCCAUAGAGUCAGCUCUGGCGGCAGUCGAGGCCGAGGUGCUGCCUGGCGGCAGCAGCGGCGGCUCGCCAGCCUCCCCCUCCCGGCUGCUCUCUCCCCGCAAGCGCCAGCAGGCCGCGGCGGCGGCGGCGGGCGCGGCGGCCGCGGCAGCUGGACCCAGCCUGGAAGCUAACGAGGGGCGGCUGGCGCGGCUGCUGGGGCGCAGCCAGGAGCUGCUGGCUCAGGUGGCGGCGGGGGAUGCGCAGGUGGCAUGCCUGCGGCAGCAGGUGGCGGCGCUGGAGGCCGCGCUCUCCAGCCACCAGGACAAGUUUGGCCAGGCCAAGGGCGAGGCCGUCCAGGCUGCCGAGGCGGCUCGCGCGGCGGCGGUGGCGCCCCUGCAGGCAGAGGUGGCGCGCCUGACGGAGCGAGUGGAGGGCCUGCAGCAGCUGCAUGCCAGCGAGCUGGCGAGCAUUGAGGCCCAGGCCCAGGCCACCAUCGGCAGGAUGGCGGCAGGCAGCGCCAGCCUGCAGGCGCAGCUGCGGGAUGAGGGGGAGCGGGCCGAGGGGCUGGCUGCUGACCUGGCCCGCGCGCAGGCUGAGCUGGCGCAGCACACGCAGCGUGCGGCCUCCACCAUCGACGUGCAGCACCGCGAGCUGGAUCUGCUGAAGGGGCGCAUCAGGGAGGUGGAGGCCAGGGAUGCCAGCAGCCAGCAGGAGCUGCGUGCGCUCCGGCAGCGGGAGCGGGAGGCCGGCGGCGGCGCGCGGCAGCUGUGA